GUUUUUUAAGAACUGAGACUCGUCUUGGCUCAGACUUACCUUUCGGCUUUCGCUCUCAUCUCGUCUCUCUCCCGCCGCCGGUUGCUUUUUGCCUCUCCAAUAACCGGCGUCGGGCGGUCGCUCGUCGUUCCUCCGGCCUCCGCCGUUCUUAAUUUAUGUAAGCUCCGGCACUUACAACUCGUCUCACACUCACCUAUCGGCUUUCACUCUCUUCUCGUCUCUCGCCUGCCCCCGUCCGCCGGCGGCUGCUCUUUGCCUCUCCAAUUUAUACCCAAGGCAAAAUAUGGCGCAUGCUUUCCUUCAGUCAACCUGCUUGCCAUCUUCUGUUAGUUGGGCAAACAACAAACAGAUUGAGGGAGAUAACAGAACAAGAAAGGCACCCACAAUGCUUUGCAGCUCACGUUUAACUCCCACGAGGAUUCAAAGUUUCAUUGGACUACGUGGGGUCAAUGCCUUGGACGUAAUGUUUCAGAAAAGCGGCCCCUCUCUCCAAUCCAUGGUAAAAAAUGCCACCACUUUAACCAAACAAAGAAGAAAACAACGAAUGGCUCCUCCACGUGCAAUGUUCGAGCGCUUCACGGAGAAGGCUAUAAAGGUGAUUAUGCUAUCGCAAGAUGAGGCGAGACGACUUGGGCACAAUUUUGUUGGGACCGAGCAGAUUUUGCUUGGGCUUAUUGGUGAGGGCACUGGAAUUGCGGCUAAGGUCCUCAAGUCAACAGGAAUUACUCUCAAGGAAGCACGUGUGGAGGUGGAGAAGAUAAUUGGACGUGGGAGUGGAUUUGUUCCGGUUGAGAUACCUUUUACCCCCCGCGCAAAACGUGUCCUUGAACUGUCGUUAGAGGAGGCCCGCCAGCUUGGGCGUGAUUGUGAAAUAUCUUUUGAUUGUAUCCUCUCCAAUCUUCAUGGUCUAACCACCAAAGCAACACUAAUACACGUUCCUUUUGAGUCAGGUAACAAUUACAUUGGAUCUGAGCACUUGCUUCUGGGAUUGCUUCGGGAGGGUGAAGGCGUGGCUGCUCGUGUCCUUGAGAGUUUAGGUGCUGACCUUAGUAACAUUAGAGCUCAGGUUAUUAGAAUGGUUGGUGAGAGCGCUGAGACCAUUGGUGCUGGUGUUGGAGGUGGAAGCUCGGGGAGCAAAAUGCCUACACUGGAGGAGUUUGGUACCAAUUUGACAAUGUUGGCUGAGGAGGGCAAGCUAGACCCUGUUGUUGGGAGGGCAGAGCAAGUAGAACGUGUAACUCAAAUUUUGGGAAGGCGUACUAAAAAUAAUCCUUGCCUCAUUGGGGAACCUGGAGUUGGGAAAACAGCAAUUGCAGAGGGUCUUGCCCAGAGAAUAGCCAAUGGGGAUGUUCCAGAGACGAUUGAGGGGAAAAAGGUUAUAACUUUGGAUAUGGGCCGUCUUGUUGCUGGUACAAAGUAUCGUGGUGAGUUUGAAGAAAGGUUGAAGAAACUGAUGGAGGAAAUUAAGCAAAGUGAUGACAUUAUACUCUUCAUUGAUGAGGUGCACACGUUGAUUGGAGCAGGAGCUGCUGAAGGGGCAAUUGAUGCUGCAAAUAUUUUGAAGCCUGCUUUAGCCCGGGGUGAAUUACAGUGUAUUGGGGCAACUACACUUGAUGAGUACCGAAAGCACAUUGAGAAAGAUCCAGCACUAGAAAGAAGGUUUCAACCCGUGAAGGUCCCCGAGCCCACUGUUGAGGAAGCCAUUCAGAUUCUUAGAGGGUUACGUGAACGAUAUGAGAUACACCACAAACUCCGUUACACUGAUGAAGCUAUAGUUGCUGCUGCAGAAUUGUCCCAUCAAUAUAUCAGUGACCGGUUUUUGCCAGACAAAGCAAUUGACCUGAUUGAUGAAGCUGGUUCCCGAGUCCGCCUUCAUCAUGCGCAGCUUCCUGAGGAAGCUAAAGAACUUGAAAGAGAGCUCAGGCAGAUAACAACGGAGAAGAAUGAAGCCGUUCGAAGUCAAGACUUUGAGAAGGCCGGGGAGCUCCGCGACAAGGAGAUGGACCUCCGGUCCCAGAUGUCCGCCCUCGUGAGCAAGAACAAGGAGGCGACCCGCGCCGAGUCUGAGUCCGGCGACGGCGGCCCCACCGUCACGGAGGCCGACAUCCACCGCAUCGUCUCCUCCUGGACGGGCAUCCCCGUCGACAAGGUCUCCUCCGAGGAGUCCUCCCGCCUCCUCCGCAUGGAAUCCACUCUCCACGGCCGCGUUGUCGGCCAGGACGAGGCUGUGGAAGCCAUCUCCCGCGCCAUCCGCCGCGCCCGCGUCGGCCUCAAGAACCCCAACCGCCCCAUCGCCUCCUUCAUCUUCUCCGGCCCCACCGGCGUCGGCAAAUCCGAGCUCGCCAAGGCCCUCGCCGCCUACUAUUUCGGCUCCGAGGACGCCAUGGUACGACUCGACAUGUCGGAGUUCAUGGAGCGCCACACCGUAUCGAAACUCAUCGGCUCUCCACCUGGCUACGUGGGCUACUCCGAAGGCGGGCAGUUAACCGAGGCCGUGCGCCGGCGCCCCUACACGCUCGUACUCUUCGACGAGAUCGAGAAGGCUCACCCGGACGUUUUCAAUAUGAUGCUUCAAAUUUUGGAGGACGGGCGUUUGACCGAUGGCAAGGGCCGCACGGUUGACUUCAAGAACACGCUUCUGAUCAUGACGUCGAAUAUCGGGAGUAGUGUGAUUCUCGAGAAGAGGAACAAGAAGCCCAAGCGAAGGUUUGGGUUUCAAUUGGAGGAGGAGAAGGAGGAGGAGGAGGAGGAUCGGAGUUAUAAGAAUAUUAAGAAGUUGGUGAUGGGGGAGCUGAAAGAUCACUUUCGGCCAGAGUUUUUGAACAGGUUGGACGAUAUGAUUGUGUUCAGGCAGCUGACGAAGGAGGAGGUGAAGGAGAUUGGGGAUAUUAUGUUGAAGGAGGUGGUUGUGAGGUUGAAGAAGAGGGAUAUCGAGCUUCAGGUGACGGAUAGGUUUAGGGAUCGGGUGGUGGAGGAAGGGUAUAGUCCGAGCUAUGGGGCGAGGCCGUUGAGGAGGGCUAUUAUGAGGCUGCUGGAGGAUAGCAUGGCCGAGAAGAUGCUCGCGAGCGAGAUCAAGGAGGGCGAUUCCGUAAUUGUCGAUGUGGACUCCGAUGGGGAAGUCGUGGUUCUGAGCGGUGCCGGUGCCGGUGCUGCCGCGUUUGAGGCGUCUCCUGAUCUUGUGGUGACCUUUGGUAGGUUAGUCGGACUGUUCGGACAACUCGGGAACCGCCUUGGGUGCGAACCGAACCUCUGGAUCGGACCGAAUCGAUCUGGACGGGUUGUCGGGCUGCACGCAGAAAGCACGAAGUCUUUGCGGAUCCUGCUCGGGUCGCGUCUGAGGCACGCGGGUCGUCAGGCUGCUUCGCGGAUCGCGCGGACGGAGGUCCUCUGCGCAUGCGGUGCGCGGAAUGUCGCGCGACAGCGCAUUUGGACACCGUCUGCGUAUGGUGGCGAGCUAGGACGCGAUCGCACGUGGCUGGGCAAGGUCCGACGGGAACGUGGGGCUGCGGCGAGGCUCUGCACGGGCUGCGCGGUCUGGGACACGCCUGGACACAGCUAG